AUGAUGUCGAGAAGGCAAAUCCCAUCCACAAAUCCCGAAAACUCCAUUCACAAUUUCAAAAAAUUAUUCAAUGUCUGUCGCAUCGCCCUACGAGUGUCUGGUAUAAUCGGUGUGGACACAAUUUUCUCAUCAUCUAAGCAAACAAUUACAGAUUUCAAAGGGAUCUAUUACAUCGUCGCUAUUCUCCCACCAAUUUUGAGUACCUCAUGUGAAGUCCGGAGUAUCAUACACUUCUGGCACCUGGACAUCUACCUGGCAUUAGAAAUAUGUACUGUCAUCCUCAGCAGUCUCGUCGUUCUGACCCAAGGAUUUUUCAUGUACCUGUCAAGACAAGAGUUAUUGAAUUUGAUCGAUCAAGUGAGUGAUUUGUGGAAUAAACACCUGAUGAUAAACACUGAAGAUCAUAUUGUGAGAAAAGCUAGAGGUGCUCAGACAUUAACGAAAAUUUACGCUGUCAUGGUCAUCCUUCUAGGCAGCAGUUUCACACUUCGGCCAUUUUUUUCACUCCUCAUCCAAUUCAUAACCAAAAACGAGAAUGACACAUAUGACUUGAGCCAAACUGCUUAUCCCGCAAUGUAUCCAUUUGCAACUGAUACAGUCAAUAAAUAUUUGAUAUGUAUCACUAUUGAACUGCUACUAUUCGUCAGUGUAGCUGCAUGGUGGACCGGCUCUGACAUGGUGUUCCUCCAGAUGGCGAUUCACCUAUCUCUGCAGUACCAAAUCCUGAAGAAAGAUCUCAUGGAGAUCGUCUCGCAAGGCCCUUCCCAUCAGAAUGAUUCCCUUUCAACUCAACGACUGGAUUCCAUAGGUCAACGUCACGAUCGUCUGUUGCAACUGUCUCGCCAACUGAAGCAGAUAUUCAGCCCAAUAUUAUUCUGUCUGAUGAUCGUCACCGGUGCUAAUAUCUGCAUAUGCGUCAUAAGCCUUCAAAAGGAGAUAUUGAACAACAAUACCGCUGGCAUCAUCAAAUGCCUAGUGCACACCUCCCUUACGAUGAUCCAACCGGCCAUUUAUUGUAAAUACGCGAAUGAUCUCAAUGAAUCAUAUUUUCAGGCUGAAUUAGUCGCGAAUGCAGCAUUCCAAUGUAAUUGGGUGAAUGAAAGUCAGAGUUUCAAGAAACAUUUGCAACUGAUGAUCUUCAGCGCCCACCGAGGAAUCGCCUUCAAAAUUUGGGGAUUUUUUUCGGUGAAUUUGAAUCAACUGACACGGAUCGGCAGUACAGCCAUGAGUUUCUUCGCUCUAGUCAACAGUGUAUCAUAAACGAAGACAGUUGAUGCUCGUGACAGCUCUUGUCAUUUAGAUUUACCCUAUAAGUCGACGACGCCUUCUGUCGAUGUAGAUUCAUCCAC